GGCAGAACAGAACCCACCACCACUGCACCACCAUGCCCACGCCCUCUCGAUCCCGGCUGCUGCCAUUGCGAGUCCUCCUACUCAUCCUUGCAGGGGUAGCAGCCAUUGUUGGUGAGCAAGAUGAGCAGCAGCGGAUCACGCAUCCGGGCUGCCCUGACAAGUGCGGCAACAUGAGCAUCCCGUUCCCGUUCGGCCUGAUGCCGGGCUGCUUCCGCGAGGGCUUCCAGGUCACCUGCGACCACUCCUUCGACCCGCCUCGAGCCUUCCUCGCCGGCAGCGACACCGAGACGACGACGAACCUCAUCACGCUCACCGAGCGCGACGAAUCGGCGGUCUCCGACGACCCCGAUCUGGCCUACUCGUACUCCAACACCUCGAGCUGGGCAGUCGAGCUCAUGGACGUGUCGAUCGACAGGAGCGAGGCACGGGCGUACGGCCCCGUCACGUCCCGCUGCAGCACCAACAUCGCCCACUCCAAGCUCAAGGAGCAGGCCAUGGCACUGGAUGAGCGGUUCGCCGCCUCCGAGACGCUCAACGUCGUCGUCGGCGUCGGCUGGAAGAUCGGCGUCACAGACGGCUCAAGCUCCAGCUCCUACACGACGACGUUCGCCUGCCGAUCGGAGCUCGCGGGCGGCCACCUCGAGCACGCGAGGAACGGGUCGUGCACGGGGCGGGGCUGCUGCGAGGCCGCCCUGAGCACGCAGCCCGGCUACGAGAUCGUGCCGGGGGUCAGUGCCGAGAACAACACCCUGUGGCGGACCAGCCCGUGCUCCUACGCCAUGGUGAUCGAGAAGUCACGCUACACCUUCUCGACGCCGGACCUGUACGGCGACAAGGUGCUGCCGAAGAGGUUCCCCAGGGGCGUCCCCAUGGUGCUCGACUUCGCCAUUGUCGGCGACGCCGCUUGCCCGGGGAAAGGCCAGCGGCCGCCGCCGGACUACGCGUGCGUCAGCAACAACAGCUAUUGUGUCAACGCGACGGUUGGCCACACAACCUACACACUCAGCUAUGUGUGCAAGUGCUCGGAGCACUACGAGGGCAAUCCUUACAUCGCUAAUGGCUGCAGAGACAUCAACGAGUGCAAGUCCCCUGAUCUGUAUUAUUGCUCGAGCAAUGGCAUAUGUAUGAACAGACUGAAUGGCUAUGAUUGUCCAUGCAAGUCCGGAAUGAAAGGCGAUGGGAAAUUAGGACAUUGUGCAGAAAAAUUCCCCCUAGUAGCCAAGGCGGUUGUGGGUACAACCAUCAGCAUUUUUAUCAUUGCAGUUAUGUCAUUUCUACUUCUUCUUCACAAAGAGAAAAAGAAGACAAAAGAGUUCUAUGAAAAGAAUGGUGGACUUACACUAGAGAAAGCAAAAAUUAUAAAACUAUUCAAAAAGGAUGAGCUCAAACCUUAUUUAAAGAAGAGCAACUUUAUUGGAAAUGGUGGUUUUGGUGCAGUUUACAAGGGCAACCUUGGUAAUGAACUAGUUGCAAUCAAGAGGACGAUUAGUGGUAGUCUGCUAGAGAAUGAACAAUUUGCAAAUGAGGUCAUCAUCCAAUCGCAAGUCAUCCACAAGAACAUUGUUAGGCUCAUAGGUUGUUGCCUGGAAGUUGAUACACCAUUGCUAGUAUAUGAGUUUCUUUCCAAUGGUAGCCUCCAUGACAUCCUUCAUAACAACGACAAGAAGCCUCUGAACUUGGAUAGACGUUUAAGUAUUGCUGCAGAAUCCGCAGAUGGUCUAGCUUACAUGCAUUCAAAAGCAAACACCAAAAUCCUACAUGGGGAUGUUAAACCAGCAAAUAUACUUUUGGACGAUAGGUUUGUCGCCAAGAUUGCAGACUUUGGCAUAUCAAGGUUGAUUGUGAGAGACAAGCAACACACCGGGAAAGUCAUUGGUGACAUGAGUUAUAUGGAUCCCGUAUAUCUACAGUCAGGCUUACUAACUGAAAAGAGUGAUGUAUAUAGUUUUGGAGUUGUGCUCUUGGAACUUAUUAGUAGGAAGAAGGCCACACACUCUGACAACAAUAGCUUAGUGAGCAGUUUCCUUGAAGCUCAUAAAAGGGAGAAAUCACCCGAUUUGUUUGAUAAUGAAAUUGCAAUAGGAGAAGAUUUGGAGAUUCUUCAAAGUCUAGCAGGGAUGGCAGUCGAAUGUCUCAGCCUUGAUGUGGAUAAAAGACCAGACAUGACAGAUAUAGCACAUCACCUUCUCUUACUGAAUAAAUCCCGUAAAUUGUAAGCCGUUUCAAGUAAGUUAUUUGAUAUUUAGUUAUGUAUAUUUAUGUCAUGAUAUCCAACAAGGACAAUUCACAUCAAUA